CCGGAACUACCAACUCCAGUCGGUCGUAUUUUGGGUGAGAACCCUGACAAUUCGUGUGGUCGUUUUCGCGCUUCAGCAAUUAAAUCGGCCUCAUCGACACAACGACCAUGGCGGUCCCGGGUCCGAAUAAGGACAACAUCAGAGCUGGAUGCAAGAAAUGCGGAUAUCCGGGCCAUUUGACUUUUGAGUGCAGAAACUUUGUGAGAGUUGACCCCCAAAAAGACAUUGUUCUGGAUGUAAGUAGCACCAGCACUGAGGAGAGUGAAGAAGAAGUCCUGGGUCGAAGUGGACAAGGUCGUCGAGAUGAUGACCACAGAAAAGAAAAGCACAAGCAGAAGAACAAAGAAAGAAAAUCAAGAAAGAGACAUUCUUCACCAUCAAGUGACGAAGAAACUACCAGGAAGAAAAAGAAACGUAGCAGGUCUCUUUCCACGUCUGAUGAUGAAGAGCGACGGAAGAAAAAGAAACUGAAAAGCCACAAGAAGAAAAGUAAGAAGAACAAACGGGAUCAUGGAAAGCAAAAAAAGAGACACCGGAAGAAGAAACAGGAAAGCUCCUCUUCCUCCUCCAGCUCGAGUGAAUCAGACAGUGACUGAACUAUGUUCAGGGGUCCUUUUUUUAAAUUACCGUAUCAUUUUUUUUUCCAUUCCAUUAAAUUUUGUUGACAUAACUCAAAAGGGGAAUUGGUAAAAUGAAAUGUGGGAAGAAAAAGGGGGAGAGCUACACAAGAAGAACUGGCGGCCGUUUUACAGUUUUAAUCGUGGAAAUGUUUUGGGUUAUUUAGAAAAGGUGUAAGCCAUAAAAGAAUCUGCAGAAAAGUUGGACGCAAUGCCCCUCAAUUAGCUUCAACUGUAGCUUUUUUUCCCAAACUAUCAAACAAGGUUAUCCGAUGGUCGAGAUCAUACGUUUGAUGUUGUUUCUUUACAAUACCUCACAUCAAUACUCAAUAAUCAAACAACGUGUUUACUUAUUUGUCAGUGUAACCAGUAGUUGAAUAGUUAAUCUCAAAUGUCCAAAAUCAUUUGGAUAUUUGUGAUAGUUAUUGCCAGUGUUGCUGUGUUAAGUCAUUGAAGUGGGAAAACCAAAUAUA